AUGUCAUUACGUAAAUCAAAACAAUCUACUAAUGAAGACUGGGGCUGGUUACGCGAUACGGAUUCAACCUUAUCUGAUGAUAUAUCAAUCAAUGGAAUCGGUGUAUUGGCUAUACAUUUACAUAAAUUAAUUAUUAAUAAAUCAUUUUAUUUUAAUUCUCAAGAAAUAUCUAUCGAUACAUUUCGUAUAUGUAUUAAUGCUUAUGCAUUAAGUCGAUAUUCAAAAACUAUACGUAUAUAUUCAACUGAGAAUUUUGCACGAUUUGAUCAAACAAUGCAAUUUAUAAUUCGUAUCUAUGAUAAACGUCAUGAUAAACGACAUAUUAUUCAUGUUAUUCUCUAUGGUUAUCUAGAUAAAGAAAAACGAUAUGUUUUAAUUGCUGAUCAAGUCAUUGAUAGUAUUAAACUUAUCUCAGCUCGACAUAUCAGUGAAGCUGUUGUAUUUGAAAGUUCUAUUGAUAUUUGUGGAAAAGCAACAUUAUUAAUCGAACUAAUUUUUGUAUAUGGUAGACAUGGAUAUAAUUUUAGUUCACAAUUGAUUUUUCAAAAUGAUAUUCACCAUCAGAAUCCUAUUAAAAAUCAAACAUUAUUCGAACGUAUUCUUCCAACUGAUAGAAAAAGUUUAUAUGAUCCUCCUGAAAUUGAUUUACCAAUAUUAUUAAAACUAACAUUUGAUGAAUUAGAACAGUAUACAACUGAUAAUAAACAACUGUAUCAUACAAGAGAUCAAAUACAAAAUAGUAGAGUUGUCAAAGCUUUGUCAACAAGUUCAAAAUAUUCAUCUAUGACAGCCAUAAUGGAAAUGUAUCCAUUAAGAAAACAACGUUUGGAAACACUUUUUAAUUUUCUAACUGAAGGUCCUUAUUCACCUGAACAAAAUAUUAUUGAACCAACUGCUGCACGUCUAAUUCCAUCGAGUAUAACCUAUUGGAAACGAGGUUUAUCCGGUGUACCUCUACAUGGUAAUGCUUUAGAUAUGAAUGAAUAUCAUCAUAUUGAGUCAAUGUCACAUCUUCAAAAUACUUCACCUAUCCUACGUCAACUCAUUGAACGAGAAGAAAAGUAUGCAUCAUCGAUUGAUAAUAUAAUUAAAUUAAACAAGUUAAAGGAACUUGUUCGUCGAGUACUUAUUCAUUUUUCUGAUUUUAUCCAUCAUCAAUAA